UUUACUUUAAAAGGGGUAAGAUUUGUGUCACAGACUCCAAAAGGGAGAAGCACAUUUUCGGACGACAGCGCUUCAUCACCAGAGGGGAAGAGGAGUCCUACACUGGUGUUUGGAAAUGCUUGUGCACGGAAACAUAAUCACUCUGGGGCUUCUGCUACUUCUCCAUGUCUCUAGCGCAUUGAAAUUCAAUCUAUUCAGGGGAGACAUAGAGAGUAACCCUGUGCAGCAGGAGGGUGAUGUGAGGCUGUUUGGAGGCACUGUUUCCGAGGGCCGCGUGGAAGUCUACCAUGAUGGCAAAUGGGGAACGGUGUGUGACGAUGGCUGGGACAUGGCUGAGGCCCAGGUGGUAUGUCGUCAGCUUCGCUUCCCCGGAGCCAAAUCUGUUGUCAUUGGGAGGAGCUAUGGGACAGUGUCUGGACCGAUUUGGCUGGAUGAGCUGACAUGCAAGGGCACAGAGAAACUUCUGGUUACAUGCGCUUUCAAAAGCUGGGGAGAAACUGACUGCAGCCACAAAGAGGAUGUCGGAGUUAUCUGUGAAACAGGCAGUACAAACAUGACCAUCAGUGAUUCCAUACACUCCGUGGACCACAGCAUCAGUCUGUCUGAUGACCUCGGCCAAAUCUUUGACAGCGGGAGCGGCUGUGACUUCCUGAUCCUGGUCCAGAGUCCUUCUGGAAACAGACAAGAGGACAAGACCCUGGAGAUGCAUGAGACAACGAUUUGCGUGCACAAAAUAAUCCUCUCACAAUAUCCACUCUUCAAUGCCUCAGAGGGGAUCACCAACAUCACUGUCAACAUCCGCCGGUCUUGCCAACCACAUUUCACCUCCUUUAUCAGGUACAUGUACACCCGCAAGGUGGAUGUGGACUUCUCUUCUGUGCAGUGCCUCCACUGGAUGGCUUAUAAGUUUGGGGUGAAGCAUCUGAUGGAUGACACGGCCCGGCUGUUCUCUAAAAUCAUCCCAGAGGACGAAUCGUUCCACACCCAGGUGUCUCUUUACGAAUACGCAGAGGAGACUGGGGACUUGAUCCUCCAGGAGGACUGUCUACAGUAUAUGGCCUGGAACUUCCAAAAUCUGACCACGUCCCCUGCUUGGUUCCACCUCUCCGCUGAGUUCCUUGGAUCCCUUCUACUCCGCUCAGACCUGGUUGUGCCGGAUGAAUAUUUUCUGCUUCAGACUGUGGAGAGCUGGAUCACAGAGAAGACCAACUCCACCAGUUUGGAAACACAAGUCAACUUACUGAGUCGCAUUCGUUUCCCUAUGAUCCCCGCGGAGGCACUGUAUAACCUGCAGUUCAACUCUUCUCUCUACAGCACCCAUAGGAUUAUGUAUCAUGAAAACAUCUUGAAAGCGUUCCAGUUCAAUGUUCUGCUCUUCAGCGACCUGCAGUCAAACCCAAAGUUCAACAGAGAAGAUGAAGAUUACCAGCCCAGGAUCUACACCGCCAAGCCAUGGAGCACUGAUAUAACUGCUGAGCACAUCCGCAAUCCAUAUGGAUACUCCGGGAUGUAUUACCAUGGUAGAUACGAUCAAAUCCCAACCAAGUCACUCGACACACCUAUCCAUAACAGCCUGAUCUUUAAGAACAACAACAUUCGCUGGGAUGCAACUUUCUUCAAAAACCAACAUGAAUGUUCAAACCAAGGCGUGAGGUGCGAGUUGUUCCCAGCAGCAAGGCUGGCUUCCCAAAACAGCCUAACCAAGUGGAGCAACAUCCUCUUUCAUAACCGUCUCCUGCUCAUGUGCCAAGGCAAGUACAUCUGUCAGGUUCAGGACUUCAAGGACUCUCUCACCUAUGUGAGUAAGGCCCAGGUUCUUGCCUACCCCUGUCCUGAUGACCAGUACACCUACCGCUUUGUGGUGAGGCCAGGGUAUGUCUGAUCCAACACCAGGACGAGGCUUAGUAUUUCGCACAUCUGAUCAAUUUGUCUGCUUGUUUUCAAUGAAUCACGAUGCUACUUUAUUAUCCAUGUGAUUUUUUUCAUUAAUCUUUGUUAAUUAGCUAGCUAAUUCAAGUAUACUUUCCUGUUCUUAAGGCAAAUAAAAAAUGAUUUCU